AUGGAGUCGAUUGACACAACAUUGACAUCACAGUCUCUUUCGUCUUCACCUUCUCCUCCUCGACAAUCUGUUGUGUUGAGCCCUUGUGCCGCUUGCAAGAUGCUACGUCGAAGAUGUGUUGAAAAAUGCAUUCUCGCGCCUUAUUUUCCUCCUAAUGAUCCAUUAAAAUUCACUACUGCUCAUCGCUUGUUUGGCGCGAGCAACAUAAUCAAGCUUUUGCAGGAAUUGCCCGAGUCCCAAAGAGCCGAUGCUGUGAGUAGCAUAGUGUACGAAGCGAAAGCCAGGCUUAGGGAUCCCGUAUAUGGAUGUGCCGGAACAAUUUGUCAACUCCAACAUCAAGUCAGUGAGCUCCAAGAACAAUUAGCCAAGGCACAAGCAGAACUUGUGAACAUGCAUCGCCAACAAGCAGAGCUUAUGACUCUCGUUUGGAUGGAAAUGUCACAAUCUUCACCAACAUCUUCACCACAACAAUCCUUGGAUACCAUCAUUAACUUCCAAGAUGAAAACAACUUUGGAUACUUAUGGGAACAACACCUUUGGACAUGA